GUCCGAUUUUUAGUGGAGCAGGGCGCAGAUUUGCAUGCGAGAGAUAGUUGGAACAAGACUGCGCUACAUCUAGCAGCUGAGCUAGGUCAUUAUGACAUUUGUGACUACCUUAUUCGGAGUGGUGCUGAUGUCAAUGCCACGAACAAGAACAAUCAAACUGCUCUCCACUAUGCAGCUCGUGAGGGACAUCCAAGGUAA